AAUUCUUAGUUCAGUUAGGAGUUAACAUGGAACUUAGUAGGACGCUGAUUUUGUUGAUACCCUUAUUCCUACAAAGCCAUUUGUCUGUAAGCACAAAAAGGCAUCCAGUUCUUCGAAACUUACAAUCUAUUCAAGUCCAUCAUAAACACCAUAUCAAGACAUCAGAGUGUCAUAUUCCAUACAUCAUAAAACCAGUAAAUAAUAAAAAAAUGAAUAUAAAACAUUACAAGGUCUGUUCCAAAGAGACUUUAAUAAAGCUUGGUUUCGACGAGAAAAUCCAGCAAUAUGUAUUAUAUGUGAAUGAUUCUGUGGCCCAGCUGAAACUCAGGUCUAUGGAAAAGAACUCCCCCAACUUGAUUGGAUACAAUUGCAGUUAUCGGGAGAUCAGAAGGAUAAACUUUACUAUUGACGCACCUGUUGUCCUUGGUGACGAAGUUAAUUUUUGGAAUGGCUAUAUUGUUCCCCGUACGGUGGAGGGUAUAAGAGCAGCCUGUCGAAAUGAACUGGCAGAGGAUCUACAAUCAGAUACUUUUGCAUUAGUCCAGCCGCGUCAAAAAUAUGCACCACUUAAUUCCUGGCACCGCAGACCUAGUGUUAUAAUGAUUGGAAUCGAUGGCAUUUCACAGGUCAACUUUCAUCGCAACUUCCAUCUUAAAAUGCAGGACUGGUUCAAGAUGGACGGAUACACAGAAGUUGGUGAGAAAACCAAGUCCAAUUUAAUGGCUGUACUGACUGGAUACAGUCCUCACACUUUGAUGAAUCUUAAGUGCAACUCGAGUGGAAUUGGAUGCCUUACAACUGUUCCGCUGAUAUGGAAGCGUUUUAAGAAGAAGGGUUACAUAACCGCCUAUGGCGAUGGAAUGUCCGAUCUGACAAUGUUUAAUUCGGAUAAGUAUGGGUUUUUUGAAGGCCCCAUGGACUUUUAUGCUCGGCAUAUUCUGGAGCAGAAGAAUGGCCAAAGUUGCAUUGAUGGACGAUACGACUACUGUGAGGAAUUUUUAAAACGACAUUCUAAUUCAUCCCGACCAUUAUUCGGAAUUUUCUUUGAGAGCAGAAUACCCCAUAAAUCCUAUGAUAAUGACAAAAUACAAACUGUACUGUUGGAUAAAGUGAAGAAAUUCAAGAAAAUGGGUGUUCUUGCCCAGUCAAUUGUCGUUCUAUUCAGCUAUCCUGGCUCGUCUGUAAAAGAAAAGAAAAGGAACAUUCUUGCGAAAAGUUUACCCAUCUUGUACAUUUGGUUACCACCCUGGUUAAGACAACUGCGUCCUGAAAUAGUUCAAGCCUUGAGGAUCAAUAGUAAACGUCUUACUUCCCCAUACGAUCUUCAUCUCACACUGCAACACCUCCUGGAACUGGGUGAACGUUGGCCUCGAGCGGUGGACAAACUGGUGGAUUGUCCCACUUGUCAGACCCUUUUUGCUCCGGUUCCCGAGAAUCGAACCUGUUCAGAUGCCGGCAUAGGAGAAUCCAACUGUCCUUGUGAUACCUACAAGUUGCUUAACACCAAUCAAAUAAAGCAAGUGUCUUUGGGAAAGCUACUCGUGCGCAGCAUAAAUCAAUUUCUUUACCAUCACAACUUGCAGAAGCUGUGCCACAAUCUAACUCUUAAAUCAGUCAAAAUGAUGAUGCAACGAAAGGACAGAAAGUUAUCAAGUGCCAGCACCUAUAGAGUAUAUUUCACAGCCAACCCAAAAAACCCAGAAUUUUCCACAACUACUCGCUACAAUCACGAGCGCCAAGAACUGGAAUAUAUAAAUGUAGAGUCCAUCAACCGAUUGAAUCACUAUCAAAAUGACUCGAGUUGCAUGCGAAGAUUACGAGGCAGAAAGUUUUGUAUAUGCAAGCGUCGUAUUCUAGAGGAUAUUUCAGUUACUGCUAAGGGAAAUGUGGAAAAACAGAAGAAAAGUAAGCUAAUGGAACAACACAGCAUUCAAGAGCUUAAAAAUGUAGUCCGGAAUAAAAAUAAAAUAGAUGAUAGUUUAUAUGAACUACCAGAGAUGCGAGAAAGCGAACAGAACAUGGAAUUUAUCUCGUUGUAAAACUAAUGCACUAAGUUUUUUAACAAGUUCAGGAACAAUCUUUGUGACUGACAUAUCCAUCGCGUGAAGCUAGCAUCUGGAUCUUAUUACCCUUCAUUCUGGAAAUAGUCCAAGUGAUUUGAACAAUACAAGGUUAAGCACUUUAUGCCACCUGAAAUUCAACGUUAUAAAAGGUGUUAUCUCACUUUUACCUUUCCAGGUAAACCUUGAUAAAAACAACCUCAAAUACAUCUUGCUUACGCAAUCAAGCCCAUGAGUUACUGAGUUCAAACAAUAUUUAUGAUUAUGCUGCAAAAUUCUUGGUGCAUUAUCUUAACAGCUCCCAGCUUCCAGCCACCAACCGGAGCAGUCAUAUUUAUAUUGUCCAAACAGAGAAAAUGCCAUAACCAUACUAAAUUUAAUGAUAACGUUAACCACAAUAUAAAAGGUCCAGGACAUAGUAGCCUAUCGAAACGAGGGCUAAUCACAAUAGAUAACAUGUUAAUGUAUAUGCCAUUUAACUAUGCAAUGCAAUUUCUAAAAUUUACAACCAGAGAGCAAAAAAUAUUAAAUUCAGCCUGCAUUUGCGAUGCAAAACUUUCCACCCUUGCAAUAAAAUAAUUUGCAGUAGAUAAGAUUAUCUGGCCGUAAAUCCCUAA